AUGUUGGGCCUACAGUAUUGGCUCGUUCCCAUCAUCUCGGCGGUCAUAUGGACGUCCAUGUUGAUUACCAUGCUGGCAUAUUGGGCUGCCAUUGGAAAGCCAAGAUAUGAGACAAUGGACGUAGGGCAAACGAUUCCCUACAUUUCUGACAUUGGGAACAACUACCUAAAGCCCAUGUUUAUUGCCAUGUCAGCUGCGACGGUUGUGACAUUUGACCUUGCCUUCAUCUUCGAGCGCUACUUGCGACACACCAACCGUCUUGCACCAAACACGUCAAACUGGCAGAAGCUCUACUCCUUCUGUGCGACUGCAUUCGCAGUCGGCGGUGCUGCCGGUCUUAUCCUCCUUACCAUUUACGACAACCGCAACCACAACCGCCUGCAUAACAUUUUUCUCGCCGUUUUCAUCGGUGGAUACAUCAUCAGCGCCAUCUUCAUCUGCUGGGAGUAUCAGCGUUUGGGAGUCCGCCAUCGUCAACAUUCCAUCCUGCGAACUUCGUUCUGGCUCAAACUCUUCUUCAUCAUCACCGAGCUCGGCCUCGUAAUCGCAUUCGCCGUCUGCGCGAGACAAGAUAUUUGGAAUGUUGCCGCCAUUUUGGAGUGGAUCGUAGCAUUCGUUUUCUGCAUUUAUGUGGCCAGCUUCUUCAUCGACUUCCUUCCCGCGCUCCGGACACGACACCACCAGUCCAAGCAGACCGAGAUGCAGGCAUUCGAGGAAGGUAUGCCACCGCCGCAGACCAUGGGCGAUGGAGCAGGAGACAACCAACGGUACUACCGCGGUGUCUCGGCUUCGCCUGCGCCGCAAGUCAAUGGACACACCAACGGCUACACCAAUGGCAACAACUAUACCAACGGUACUGCCUACACCAACGGCCACACCGGUGGCUACGGCAACCCCGACUCUCACGACGUCAACGGCUACCCAAAGCCCGCUGAACCAGCCGCACUGGCAUCACGAAACUUCUAA